UAACAAAAUUAUAAUGCUAAGAAAACACUGGGGCGAAAUCGAAGAGGAAGGCAGUGAUAUUACUCUCGACAAAUAUGUGCCCACGUCCGGCAAAAGACCAAAACUUGGUGAAAUACGGCAGCGUGGCGAUCCGCUGCCACAGGAUAAACACGAAAAAUUGGAACUGAAGAGUUCCCUGGUCACGCAAACCAUCGAAGUGAUGAAACAAACAGAAGUUCUUCAAUCCCUAAUCGACACCUAAUCCAGCAAAAACGUUAGCUUAAUUAAACGCUCAGUGUGACUGAACACAAUUAUUAUUAUUAAUGAUAAUGAUAAUAAUAGCAGUGCAACAACCGGCAGCAGCACCAUGAACAACAUUGUCAGUGACAUGCUGCAGGAGCUGGGCGGCAGCACUAACUCCAGUAUCUCCCUCAGCAACCUGAGCAGUGGUCAGCAGCAAAUACUGAACACCAACGCUUUGUACGGCCUCCUCGACGGCCAAACGAGUAAUGUCAGCUCCAAUUUAACUAGUUCGACCACUUAUCAAAAUAAUUUCGAUACUUGAGCUGUACUUGUAGGAAAAAGGUGAUCGGUAAACUGACUUUAAACGCAGCGGUGGACACGAGAAUAUAUUAAUUUGAUUAUUUAGUUAUUAAUUUACUGUAUAACAUUAACAUAAGUUAAUCUCAUGAAUGUUUCUCCUCAGCUCAAAUGACUCUUGCAUGUACGUACGUACAUACGUUGUCACAAAUAUACAA